AUGUGUGGCAGUACAAUCUUGUCACGUUUCAACCUGUUGUAGUUUUACUUUCAGAGAAGAAGAAACAAAAGCAAUAUCGGCGGAAUCUCUGCUGAAAAUACAAGUUAAAAGUGUUUUAUAUUUAUAUAUUCAGGUAUUUGCUUUUCUUCUCAUCAGAUGUUAUGGAAGUAAAACUGUCGCACUGAUCAAGUCUUCGAGUUCAAUUAAACGCACACGAGUUACUGGAGCACAUUGGAAGAAACCAAUUCGUCAUAUACAUGUUUGGAACAACAUGAGGGAUAUGUGUAGCACGAAGGUUUGGCAUCACUAGCAACCUGCCCAGCAGCAUUCACCACGGCGGGGGAAAUCCGACCCAUUGUGUGCAGGGUGGUUAUCUACCUACAGCGGGACAUGUCAGGAGAGAGCUGCCUGCACCAGCUUCAACCACAAAUCGGGCCCAUCGUGUCAGUCUCUUCAGCGGCUUGUCCCAAGACUAAGACUUGCACCUACCGUGGUGUAUCUGGAAACAAAUACGUGCAGCUCAAUGUUGGUGGAAAUCUUUACUAUUCAACACUGCGAGUUCUCACCCGGCAGGACACCCUGCUGAGGUCCAUGUUCAGUGGAAAAAUGGAGGUGCUUACUGAUAAGGAAGGUUGGAUUCUAAUUGAUCGCUGUGGGAAACACUUUAGUUCAAUUCUCAGCUAUCUCCGUGAUGGAUUCGUGACCUUGCCUAAAAGCAGACAGGGUAUUAUGGAGCUCCUGGCGGAAGCCAAGUAUUACCAGAUCCAAGGAUUGAUAGACUUGUGCCAGAGGGCUCCGCAGGAUAAUAAAGAAAAGGCAUUAUGUGUUAUCCCAGUCAUAACAUCUCCUAAAGAAGAGGAGAGACUAAUACAAGGCUGCGUAAGGCCUGCUGUGAAACUGCUAUACAACAGGGGUAACAACAAAUAUUCUUAUACCAGCAAUUCAGAUGACAACUUACUUAAGAAUAUUGAGUUGUUUGAGAAGCUGUCGCUGAGCUACAGUGGUCGUGUGCUGUUCAUAAAAGAUGUCAUUGGAGACGAGAUCUGCUGCUGGUCCUUUUACGGUCAGGGCCGUAAGCUAGCAGAAGUCUGCUGCACAUCCAUUGUUUAUGCUACUGAGAAGAAGCAGACAAAGGUUGAGUUUCCAGAGGCAAGAAUCUAUGAGGAAACGCUAAAUGCCCUGCUUUAUGAGACUCUUCCGGUCCCAGAUAACUCCUUAUUGGAGGCCACCCGAAGGCGUAACAAUUGUUGCUCGCACAGUGAAGAGGAGGAGGCUGUGGAGCUGAGGGAGCGUGUCCGUCGCAUCCACAUCAAAAGAUACAGCACUUAUGAUGACAGACCACUUGGACAUUAGCCUAGCUGUGAAUAGAGGCUUUGCCACUAGUGCCUCAGUUUUUGCAAUGACUGUGGAGAACACUAAAUUAUCAGCACCAAUCUCUGAGAGACCAUAUUACCACUUUUUAAAUCACCACCUGAACAGGUUGCUGCUUUGUUAAAUGGCUGUAAGAGGAGGCUUGACAAUUCAUGUUGGAGAUGAAAUGCCAUUAAUGUGAACAUAACAAAUAAGGUUGAUGUAGCUUGCUGUCAGUUACUUCAUUUUAAUUUAUUUACCUCAACAUUUUAGUAAAAAUCUUUAGAAAUUACUAAACCUAAUCAUAGAACUUUUAUGAUUGAUAGCAUUUCCAAGAUGAAUCUGACAUAUGUAUUAAUGGUUUCUACUAACCUUACAGGAUCAUAUACUCCUUUACAAUCAUGCUUUAUGCCUAUAUCAUCAUCCAUACUGUGAUUUAAGUUAUUCAUAUGAAAUAGGUUUGAUAAAAUGAAAUCAUGUAUUCAAACUUGGAGUGUUGCAUCAAGAAAAUGACCUUACAUAUUUAAAAUGUGCCUAUUAUGAGGAUGACAAAAAAGGGAAAGUUCACCCAAAAAUCAUUUACUCACCCUCAUGCCAUCUAAGAUGUGUAUGACUUUCUUUUGCUGAACACAAAGAUUUUAAGAAGAAUAUUUUAGCUGUGAAUGGUGACUGGCCUCUUAAGCUCCAAAAAUCACAUUAAAGCAGCAUAAAAGUUAUCAUUAAGACUUCAGUGUUUUAAUAUAUGUCUUCAGAAGCUAUAUGAAAGGAAUGGGUGAGAAAAAGAUCGAUAUUUGAGUCCUUUUUUACUAUAAAUUCUCCUCCCUGCCCAGUAGGUGGCGAUAUGCACAAAGAAUGUGAAUCGCCAGAAAAAAAAGAAGAAUGUGAAAGUGGAGAUUCACAGUAAAAAAGGACUUAAAUAUUGAUCUGUUUCUCUCCCACACCUAUCAUAUCGCUUCUGAAGAAAUAGAUUUAACCACUGGAGUUGUAUGGAAUACUUUUAUGCUGCCUUUAUAUGCUUUUUGAGUUUCAAAGUUUUGGUACCCAUUCACUUGCAUGGACCUACAGAGCUGAAAUAUUUUCUAAAAAUCUUUGUGGUGAGUAAAUGAUGAGAGAAUUUUCAUUUUUGGGUAAACUAUCCCUUUAAUGCCUAAUUAAUUAUUGUGAUCAAUAGUUUAAUUUCCAAUUAUUUAAUGAUCAAAGCAUUUUUUUUUAACACAAAUGUUUAUUUUGAUUUAGCUCUAACUUUUAUCAGCUGUACUGCCUACAGCAGACUUUCUGUGUGAUUCAUGCCCUUACUGUCAUAUACCAACAUUAAGCAGCAUUAAAAUAUUAAGUAUGAACUUUAUUGUUUUUCUGUG